AUGCACCAAGCCUACCCCAGACUCCACCAGCUGCACAUCACCCUGGACACCUGCAAACACAAGGAUCACAGCAUUCUCAAGGGCGUCCCUCAUAUCUCCUCUGAGGUGGUGAUUACAAGGAAGGAGCUGCACCAUGGCAAAGGUAUUCAAACACCAGGGUGGCUCUCCUACAGCCUGAGUUUUGGGGGCCAGAAACAUGUCAUCUACAUGCGGCGCAAGAAACUAUUUUGGCCCCGACAUCUGGCGAUGAUGCCUCAGGAUGACCAGGGAGUCUUGCAGGUGGAUUACCUCUUGACUGUUAAAUUUUGUAUCUGCCAGAGAGGAGCCACUUGCAGCAUGGACAGGUACCCUGAUACAGAUGCCUUCAGCAACUGUUUUAUGGUGUAUGCAGCAGAACUGAUGAUGUAUACUAAGAAUCACUGUACUUUGGACAGGAACUAUCCAUCUUUCAGUAGAAGCCUGACAAUGGGUCUAUGUUAAAACUCUGUGGUGGAUGAUGGAGAGCAGUGUGACUAUGGCUCCUUCAGGCAGUGUUCCAGCAACCCAUGCUGCACAAGUAACUGCAGCUUUACACCUGGAAGUGCUUGUAACACAGGCAGGUAUUGCACAAACUGCACCUGCUCAUUUCUGGGGACAUUCUGCAGACCAAUCCAGAACAUAUGUGACCUUCCAGAGUACUGUCUUGGGCGGACCUUCACAUGCCCUGAAGAUGUUUAUCUGCAAGAUGGAACCCCGUGUAGUGAAGGCUACUGCUAUUAUGGAAAUUGUACUGACCCCAGUGUGCACUGCAAGAUCUUUGGUGAAGGCUCAGUGAAUGGCCCAGAUGCCUGCUACCUCAUAAAUAAAAAGGGAGACCAAUUUGAACAGUGUACAGGUAAUAGUCACUCCAGCUUAGUGCUUUGUGCUGGUGCUGACAUUCAAUAUGGACCCCUAAAGUGUACCAAUGUCACACAUCUGCUUAGGUUGCAAGAACACGUUGAAUUCCAUCAGUCUGUAAUACAGGGGUCCUUUUGUUUUGGAGUGGAUUUAUGCCUUGGAUCAUAUGCAACUGAUGUUGGUCAUGUGAGACCUGGUACACCCUGUGGUGGUAGGCAUUUCUGUGACAACGGUGUAUGCAAUGGUUCUGUGGCUGCCAUAAACUAUGACUGCUACCCUUCCAAAUACAACCUCAGGGGAAUUUGCAACAGUAAAAGGAACUGUCACUUCCAUGUAGGCUGGGACCCUCCCCAGUGCAUCCACAAAGGUGCUGGAGGGAGUGUCGACAGUGGACCCCUUCCAAGAACAAUGAGGUCAGUGAGGCAAAGUGAUAUGUCUGUGGUGUACUUGAGGGUGGUCUUUGGGCACAUGUAUGCCUUCAUAGCUGCUCUCCUUUUUGGAGUGGCCACCAAUGUGAAAAUCAUCAAGACCACUGUAGUCAAGGAAUUGACAGAUGAAAACUAA